AUGGAUCAUACUCCCAAAGUUGAAGUUUCCGGCACGCAUAAAUCCGAUGCGCAGAACACAGCAAACAACCCGUCUAACGAGGUGGAAAUGGGCGGUACUCAGGAGGCAGCAAACACACAGUCUGAACCUGCUGAGAAGCCAGAACAGACGGUUGCAGCUGGAGAGGACAUCAUUUUAGUUGAUGCGCAACCUGAUCCUGAACCUCCCAAUCCAGCGAAGAAGAGCGCGGUCUUCAAGUUCCUCGAGUAA